ACAGAGAUUCUGUCCAGAGGAGGUAUAAUUCUCUUUCCUCCUUUCUUUCCCCUCUUGUUUGAUGAAAGUUGACAGGAAAUUCUGGACCGCCUAUUCAUCAUAUUGACAAGAUCCCACUGACCCGGCGCUAGCGCGGAUAUCAUACGCCGUACGACCGAACAUUGGCGUGGCGGAGUCGACUUCUGACAACACUAAGCAACGAAGUCGCGAGGACGAAGUUACGUGAAACAAUCAAACGCUUCACAACUAACAGCGGGACCGAAGAGCUUGAAGUGAGCCCCCAGCCCUCCAUUCCCUAAACCCUAGAUCCCUUCAUACAGGCACUCGGGCCGGUUCCUCACCCGCUCUCCCUCCAAUUUCGUCCUCGCUAGCUAUUGACAAGUUGUAUCGUACAUAGUCUAGACACUCCCUUCCUCUUUUCUACCGGACGAACCGUUCCCAAAGCAAAGGCUCGGGUUGACAGAGGCGGGCAGCCGAGAGGAAUCCAAUUUCCAAAAGAGGGAGUCCAGGUCACAUAACAAAGGAAGCAAGGAUAUCAGCACCCCCCGCCAUCCUCUCUCCUCACGCUGCUUUCCUCCGGCCCAGCAACACACACCGAACACUCCGCUCUACUACAACACCCAUCUACACCGAUUAUCUUCUUCAAUACGAGGUUUGUUUCUCUUCCUGCUAUCGUUACUAUCUAUUCCACACACGCAUCGCAUAUUUUGGAGAACGCCACCUUGUUAUUUAUCGUCGGAUUGCAGCUUUCAGCUCGUUAUCCCAUCCGUCCAUUGUUCUUUUCAUUCACUCCUCCUUAUACCCCCCCCCCCCCCUCCUUGUUCGGGUAUUACGAAACUGUGGGGUCUGAUAGCUCCUGUUAUUUGGUGAACAAUAAGCCCCUCAGUUCGACUGACGAACCGGACCUGCUCUCUGGAUCCCCUCUGACUGGGCUCUCGCCCCCCAACCUACUGCUGCUUCCUCCACCUCCCUCCCUCCCUCCCUCCUUCCUUCUUCCUUUCCCUUUGCCUUUCCCACUCCACUCCCCUACCCCCCUCUUUUUCUAUAUUCCUAUAGAGAGAUCCCCCUUCCUUUAUUAGUUUCUGACUUUAUAACCAGAGCACUCAUUUGACGGGGGCAUCCCUCUUAUUUCGUGAGUUGCUACCCACUCGUCUGUUCUUACCCACUUUGAUACCCCAAACCAUCAACCCUUCCCUCUUUACCCGAUCGACUUCUUACAAACACCUGUAAAUCCUCGCGCUAUGCCACUUUGCAGCACUUCCAGGAAGCUAACAUUUUGGGACCCGUGCUUGUGCAUUAGAGGCCCUACCGGUAUCUUGCCUCAGAUUCUCCCAGCGCUAGACUCGCUUCCGAAACUAUUUUUUUCCGUCCCUACACCUCUACUCCCUUUUAACGACACGAGGUUCUCCCUUCAUUUGUCACCUUUCCUCGCCGCGCACCUUCCCGUUGUAAAAUCUCGCGAACCGGCAUUUGCGAGCAACAGCGGGAAGAGCGAUGUCUAGACAUAAUUCUUCUUCAAGGAAAAUUUCCUUUAAUGUCAGCGACCAGUAUGAGAUCCAGGAUGUUGUUGGCGAAGGUGCUUACGGGGUAGUGUGGUAUGUUUUCUCAUACUUCAUCCGAUCCGGGGAGGUGUUAACAAUUGUCUGAUCAGUUCGGCACUUCACAAACCCUCGGGCCAAAAGGUCGCAAUCAAGAAGAUUACACCGUUCGAUCAUAGUAUGUUCUGUUUGAGGACACUUCGCGAGAUGAAGUUGUUGAGAUACUUCAAUCAUGAGAAUAUUAUCAGCAUUCUGGAUAUUCAGAAGCCAAGGAACUAUGAGACCUUUACCGAAGUCUAUCUCAUCCAGGUUUGUGAUUCGUGUACCCGGCGGAUUAUAUUUGCUUACCUCUGCUGACCGUUAAUGGGGAAUAGGAGCUUAUGGAAACCGAUAUGCAUCGUGUGAUCCGCACGCAAGACCUCUCGGAUGACCAUUGCCAGUACUUCAUUUACCAGACCCUACGUGCACUGAAAGCCAUGCAUUCGGCCAACGUUUUGCACAGAGAUCUCAAACCUUCGAAUUUGUUGCUUAACGCAAACUGCGAUUUGAAGGUUUGUGAUUUUGGACUUGCUCGAUCCGCCGCCAGUACGGAAGACAACUCUGGUUUUAUGACUGAAUACGUUGCUACGAGAUGGUAUAGAGCUCCAGAGAUCAUGUUGACCUUCAAGGAAUACACCAAGGCUAUUGAUGUUUGGAGCGUGGGUUGCAUUUUGGCAGAAAUGCUGAGUGGGAAACCUCUCUUCCCGGGAAAAGAUUGUGCGUGAUAUCUUAUCCCAUUUGUUUGGAAAUUUCUUAACGGUGGUUCGGCAGAUCACCAUCAACUCACUUUGAUUUUGGAUGUUCUCGGAACACCUACCAUGGAGGAUUACUAUGGAAUCAAAUCUCGUCGUGCGCGCGAAUACAUUCGCUCUCUUCCAUUCAAAAAAAGAAUUCCGUUCUCUGCCAUGUUCCCCAAGACAUCCGCCUCAGCACUGGAUCUUUUAGAGAAGUUAUUGGCGUUUAACCCUGCGAAGAGAAUUACUGUCGAGGACGCUUUGAAGCACCCAUACCUUGAGCCUUACCAUGACCCUGAGGAUGAGCCCACCGCACCGCCAAUUCCUGAUGAGUUCUUUGACUUUGAUAGGAGAAAGGAUGAAUUGAGCAAAGAACAGUUGAAGAGUAAGCUUUGCCCCCUCAGCAUCAUUCAAGCAGGAUACGGGUGAUGUUGGAGCUAACCUAUUUUUCCUCUCCCUUCAAGUGCUUAUCUAUGAGGAGAUUAUGCGGUAAAGGGAAUACUGGAUUUACUACCCCCAAUGUUUGAAUUAAGGAAGCCUCGGGUUUUGGUUUUUCCUUUGGGAUUGAUGUUUACGUCCUAUAUGUUUUCAUUGACUGAUUAUACCAAUCGUUUCGUAUCUCGGCGAUUCCUCUUACUAUCCCACCAAUGUUUAUUUCCUCCUUUUCUUUUGCUUUUUUGUUCCACCAGGUUCGCGAGAAGGGCUUCAUCACCUGCGGGAGUGAGCAUAUGACAAAAUAAAAGUCAAAUUCUCAGACAG